GAUACAAACCCAGUGCUGCAAAAAUCCGAAACUAAAUUGUAUGUAAAGACACUACAACGUUGUGAGUGUGUGAGAGUGAAGUGGGAAAAAGCAUAGCAGAUCCUUCCCGCACAUUAUUAUCUUAUCUCAAUUUCUAGUUUCCGAGACAUCAUUUUUGUGUACAUUAAUCUUUGAAUCUGGGAUGCUCCAAACUCCUAGAAUUUUACUGUUUUUUACAACCUUGAUCUAACUCAGUAUCCAUCCAUAUCUACAUACACUUUAAAGGGGUUAACUGAAAAAAAAAAAAAAAAAAAAACCCACUUCCGAGAACAUAGCAGGAACAGCAAGAAACAAAGGAACUUCGCUGGUGGGGGAAAAGCUGGUCAUAUUUUACUGUUUUUUUUUUCUGCUUUUUCUUUUCUGCUGUGGAUGUCUGACUGAUAUAAGCUCAUUUUCUUUGACUGCAUUGCAACUUGUGGGGUGACACCAAAUCAUUGCAUUCUCACUUUUGUCUGGAAAAGUUAGGGUCUUUUGAAUUUACAUUUGCUCAUUCCCUUGGUUGAAACUCAAAACCCCCCUUUCAGCUUUUUGAGAUUGGUGGGGGGGAAACUCCUGUUAGGGCUUGAUUCUCAUUCGCUGUGGCGUUUUGAAUUGCAAGAAAAUGAGGGAAAAUGGUGUUGUGGCAAUUGAGGGAAUGUGAGGUGGAGGAAGGGGAAAAAGAAGAAGAAGAAAAGACGGGGUUGAGUAAAUGAGUGUUUUGAGACAUGGGGUGUGUGUUUGGGAAAGGAGCGUCGAAGAGGAGAGAGGAAGUGAAAGUUGAAAGCGCAGAAGAAGAGGGUGCUGUUCAGAACGGUGGGAAUGUGAAGGAGGGCGGAGAAGAGGAAAAGAGCAAGCCCUCAAAGGGGGAGAGAAGGCGAUCUUCGAAGCCGAAUCCCAGGUUAAGCAAUCCACCUAACCAUGUACAUGGUGAGCAAGUAGCUGCAGGGUGGCCCUCUUGGCUCACCAAGGUUGCUGGGGAAGCUAUUAACGGGUUGAUCCCUAGAAGAGCUGACACUUUUGAAAAGCUGAAUAAGGUUGGACAAGGUACAUAUAGCAAUGUUUACAAAGCGAAGGACACUUUGACAGGGAAAAUUGUUGCCCUAAAGAAGGUCCGCUUUGACAAUUUAGAGCCGGAGAGUGUGAAAUUCAUGGCCAGAGAGAUCCUUAUUCUGCGCCAUCUGGAUCAUCCCAACGUUGUCAAACUGGAAGGUUUAGUGACUUCAAGGAUGUCAUGCAGUUUGUACCUUGUGUUUGAAUACAUGGAUCAUGAUUUGGCUGGACUUGCUACAAGUCCAACAGUAAAGUUCACAGAGUCUCAGGUUAAAUGCUAUAUGCAUCAGCUACUUUCUGGACUGGAACACUGUCACAACCGUCAUGUGCUGCAUCGUGAUAUAAAGGGGUCAAACCUUCUAAUUGACAAUGAAGGAAUUCUUAGGAUUGCUGAUUUUGGAUUAGCUUCCUUCUUUGAUCCUCAUCAAAGGCACCCUAUGACCAGCAGGGUGGUAACUUUAUGGUAUCGACCUCCAGAGCUUCUGCUUGGAGCCACAGAUUACGAUGUAGGAGUGGACCUCUGGAGUGCUGGCUGCAUUCUUGCUGAAUUGUUGGCUGGCAAGCCUAUUAUGCCUGGUCGAACCGAGGUGGAGCAGCUACAUAAGAUAUUUAAGCUUUGUGGUUCUCCUUCUGAUGAAUAUUGGAAAAAAUCGAAGCUUCCACAUGCUACCAUUUUUAAGCCCCGACAAUCAUACAAGAGGUGCAUAGAAGAGACAUUUAAGAAUUUCCCAGCAUCAUCCCUGCCACUGAUUGAGACCCUUCUUGCAAUUGAUCCAGCUGAACGCCAAACUGCCACAGCUGCAUUGCACAGUGAAUUCUUUACUACAAAACCUUUUGCCUGUGAACCCUCUAGCCUUCCAAAAUAUCCUCCCAGCAAGGAGAUGGAUACAAAACUGCGAGAUGAAGAAGCUAGAAGAUUGAGAGCUGCUAACAAAACUAGUGCCGAUGUAAAGAAAUCACGUCCACGUCAUAGAGGUGGAAGGGGAAUUCCAAUUCCAGAUACCAAUGCCGAGUUGCAAGCAAAUAUUGAUAAAUGGCGACUGGUGACACACGCAAAUGCGAAGAGCAAGAGUGAAAAGUUUCCUCCUCCUCAUGAAGAUGGAAGUAUAGGGUACCCUUUGGGUUCUUCACAUCACAUGGAUCCAAUUUUUGAUCCUUCUGAUGUUCCAUUUAGUUCCACAAAGUUAUCAUAUCCAAAAUCAAAUAUCCAGACCUGGUCUGGUCCCUUGGUGGAAACUAGUGUGGAUGCACCAAGAAGAAAGAAGAACAUGCCAGGGAAUGGCCGCACACAUUCAAAGAAUGGCUCUUAUAGAUAAAUGCUGUCAAAGAUUAUUCAAAAUAAUUUAAGAAUUUCAAUACAACACCAAUUAUUUUUCACAAACAUUGGUGUUUGGUGAAGCUGCAAAAGUGCUGCUGUUCUAUUUUC